UCUCAACCUCAGUGUCAUUCACUUUAACCACCGAAACACCAGCAAAAAAAAAAAGGAGACUACCUAAAAGUGAAAACGCACGUCAUGAUUAAGCUACUGAGCAUACUACUGGCAUCAGCGAUUUGGUGUACCGAGGCGGUCCUCAUUAGCCACAAUGGCGCCCACGGACACUAUUAUCCUGAUUAUUCCGGAUAUGAAGCACUCACCAAUGACUACGAGACUCAUCACGUUGUUCCAACGGUCUCUGUACCUGUACACGCUGUAUCAGCCGCACCUCUUUUUCCUCACCACCAUCACGAACCGCACAGUGAGGACCACGAUUACUAUUCUCACCCAAAAUAUACGUUCAAUUAUGGGGUCCAUGAUCCCCAUACUGGUGACGUGAAAACCCAGCAUGAGGUGCGAGAUGGGGAUGUUGUCCACGGCUCGUACAGCGUAAACGAGCCCGAUGGAAGUGUACGAAUUGUUGAGUACACAGCGGACGAUCACAAUGGUUUUAAUGCAGUUGUGAAAAAAGUUGGACCAGCCUCACAUCCACCUCCCGUCCACGUGGCUAAAUACGUCGAGGCAUCACCAGAGUAUUACGGCUACGAAUUCGAUAAACAUCAUUUCUAGCUUUAUUAAAUUUCACGCUGAAUAAAAGAAACUAAUGAUAAGAAAGCUCUGAAGUGAUCAACUCGGUUGGAAAAUACCGCAGAUAGGUAUUCACUUCGGAUAUUGUGCUAAUUAAAUCUACUUCUGCCCCGGACAUCUGCAACUGACCCGAGAUAAUUAACAUGAAGAUCUCACAAUACUUCUGCUAGCAACCGGGAUCAAAAGGAAAAAUAGUCGAGAUUUCAUUCCACUGAAUGUGUUCCGUCCCCUCCAACAACUCCGAGGACACUGUAAUUCAGCAAAACUCAAUUCAAUGAAAAAAUUCAAUUGAAGUGAUUUAUUUUUUAUUUAUAUGACAUUUAUAUCUCUUUAUAAUU